AUGUUUUCGGGCGUGUCGAGUCUGAUCCAGAAGGGGCAGAAGAUAAAAGGGACAGUGGUGUUGAUGAGAAAGAAUGUGUUGGACGUGAAUAGCGUAACCAGUGUUGGGGGAAUUGUUGGUCAAGGUCUCGACAUUCUUGGUUCCACAGUGGAUAAUCUCACUGCUUUCUUGGGCCAUUCAGUUUCUCUCCAGCUCAUUAGUGCCAGCAAACCAGAUGCCAACGGAAGGGGGAAGCUUGGAAAACCUACCUUUUUGGAAGGUAUCAUCACUUCGUUGCCAACUUUGGGAGCAGGCCAAUCUGCAUUCAAAAUUCUUUUUGAAUGGAACGAUGAGAUGGGAAUUCCUGGAGCAUUUUAUAUCAAGAAUUUCAUGCAAACUGAGUUCUUCCUUGUGAGUUUGACUCUUGAAGACAUUCCAAACCAUGGAAGCCUUCACUUUCUUUGCAACUCGUGGAUAUACAAUGCCAAACACUUCAAAAGUGAUCGCAUUUUCUUUGUCAACCAGACAUAUCUUCCGAGUGAAACACCAGCUCCAUUAGUGAAGUACAGAGAAGAAGAGUUAGUUAAUUUGAGAGGAGAUGGAACAGGAGAACGUAAAGAGUGGGACAGGAUCUAUGAUUAUGAUGUGUACAAUGAUUUAGGUGACCCAGAUAGAGGUGAAAGCCAUGCCCGUCCUAUUCUUGGAGGGUCUGACACCUUGCCUUAUCCUCGUAGAGGGAGGACUGGUAGAAGACCAACAAGGAAAGAUCCUAAUAGUGAGAGUAGGAGCGCUGAUAUUUAUCUUCCAAGAGAUGAGGCUUUUGGACACUUGAAGUCAUCAGACUUUCUAGCUGAUGGACUGAAAUCCGUAUCUCAAAAUUUUCUUCCAGCGUUGCAAACUGCUUUUGAUUUGAAUUUCACACCCAAUGAGUUUGAUAGCUUUGAUGAAGUUCAUGGACUGUAUUCAGGUGGCCUUAAGCUGCCAACAGAUGUACUUAGCAAGAUAAGUCCAAUACCCGUGCUCAAGGAAAUCUUCAGGACUGAUGGUGAACAGACCCUUAAGUUUCCUCCUCCUAAAGUAAUUCAAGUGAGUAGGUCUGCAUGGAUGACUGAUGAAGAAUUUGCAAGAGAAAUGCUUGCUGGUGUAAAUCCAAACUUGAUUCGUCUUCUUCAGGAGUUCCCUCCCCAAAGCAAGCUAGAUGGCCAAGUCUACGGUGAUCAUACUACUAGUCAAAUUACCAAAGAACACCUAGAGCCUAACCUAGAAGGGCUCACUGUAGAUGAGGCAAUUCAAAGUAAGAGAUUGUUCCUACUUGAUCAUCAUGACUCAAUCAUGCCAUAUUUAGGGCGAAUAAAUGCAACAUCCACAAAGGCUUAUGCUACUAGAACCAUCCUUUUCCUGAAAAACGACCGAACUUUAAAGCCAGUUGCCAUAGAAUUGAGUUUGCCACAUCCUGGGGGCGAUCAAUCUGGUAUUGUUAGUCAAGUUUUUCUGCCUGCAGAUGAAGGUGUUGAAAGUUCUAUUUGGCUUCUUGCAAAGGCUUAUCCCUUCAUCAUAGCAACAAACAGGCAUCUCAGCGUUGUUCACCCUAUUUACAAACUCCUGCACCCUCACUAUCGUGACACCAUGAACAUAAAUGCCCUUGCUCGGGGAAACCUAGUCAACCACGGUGGAAUUAUAGAACAAACCUUUUUGUGGGGAAGGUAUUCUAUGGAAAUGUCUGCUGUAAUUUACAAGGAUUGGGUUUUUACGGAUCAAGCAUUGCCUGCUGAUCUUCUAAAAAGGUGA